AUGAACACAGCCUCGAUGGCGCAGGUCAAGCACAACACCCAGCGCAUUGCCGCGUUGGCACACGAAGUGGUAGGACAGGCCCGCAAUGAGGAGGAAAGAUGGAAAUCCUUCCUUCAGCUUCACGCUGCCCUUCAGGAGCUCAAACGUCGUCAACAGAAGAAGAAGAAAGGAGUGGAGCCUUCCGGCCCCACAAGGGACGACCUGGAGCAGCUCCGUGUGUGGCUGCUGAAGAACGGGCUCGACAGCAAGUGGCUUGAGGGCAUCGAGUUUGCCGCCAACCUGCCCGAGGGCAGCGGCGUAGUCGCCAAGAAGGAUUUCAAGAAGGGGGAGCCGUUCCUUCAGGUCCCGCGAAAGCUGAUGUUCACGUGUCAGGCCAUGCAGAACACCCCGCUGGGGCAGCUGCUCAAGGUGGACAAGUUCUUGGCGCAAUCGCCCAGCUUGUGCCUUGCUCUUCACCUGCUGGUCGAAAAACACAACCACUCCUCUUUCUGGACGCCCUACAUCAAAACGCUGCCCAAGUCGUACGGAACGUGUCUUUACUUUACGCUGGAGGAGCUGGAGGGCCUGCGCGGCUCGCCGACCUUCACCAGCGCCAUCAAGGUCAUCGCCACGGUGGCCAUCCAAUACACCUACAUCCACGAUCUGUUCCAGAUUCGGAAGGACAUUCUGCACAUCAAUGCAUUCACGUGGGACGAAUUCAUCUGGGCGAUGUCAGCUGUGGGUUCCCGGCAGAACCAGGUCCCUCAAUGGGGACACAACGCGUUGUCGGAGUAUGCCCUCAUCCCUGCGUGGGACAUGUGCAACCACGACCACGGCGACUUGCAAACGUUUUGGGACGUCAACAGCGAUUCGACAGAGUCGCACGCAAUGCGAGCGUACAAAAAGGGCGAACAGGUCUACAUUUUCUACGGGCCAAGGCCGAACUCGGACCUGUUGCUCCAUGCGGGCUUUGUCUACGAGAACAACCGCUUUGAUGCGCUGGCCAUCCGCGUGAGGCUUGCUCCUGAUGCCGAGCACAUCAAGGACAAGCUUCGGCUCUUGCACCUCAACAACAUGAAAAUGGAUUCGCAAUACUAUCUCUACGGGCUGGGCCUGGCGGUCGACCUCAUGGCAUUCCUGAGGAUUCACGCCAUGAACGAACAGGAACUCCAGCAGGUGCUGGGAGCUUACGACCAACAGGAGGCGAAGGUGCACAAUGGCGAACAUCCGGCGUCCAACGGCGAGGUGGUCGCAUCCGGAGUGUUCGACCCUCGGGUCAAGCUCAACGAUCGCAACGAGCUGGCCGCCCUCCAACUCGCCGAGGCCAAGUGUCUGAGCCUCCUCUCGCUCUACCCCACCACCCUCCAGGUGGCUAACGGCGUGGAACUCAAACAGGAGGACCAGGCGGCUCUGCGAACAACCAGCCUGACACCCAACAUGAGGGCCGUGACGUUGCUGCGCCUGAAGGAGAAGGAGAUCCUCAACCGCACCCUCGACGCCAUCCGACUGCUCAAGGGAGAAGUUGGCGGCACCGUUGGAGCUGCGCCGUCGCCGGCCUCAUCCUCCUCGAACGGCACCGUAGCGCCGGCGCAGCAGCCAAGCAAGAACAAGAAGCGGAAGAACCGCAAGAAGAAGACUGCUGCCGCUGCCGCGACCACCUCGGAAGAGAGCGAAACUCCUGCUGCUGCCUCAUCGCCCACGACGGAGGAGAAAGACCGAACGGCGUAA